AUGACGAUCUCAGUCCUCGUCGUCUGCCUCGGCAACAUCUGCCGCUCUCCCAUGGGAGAAGCCGUCCUCCGCAACGAAGCCCUCAAGCGCGGCAUCACCAAUAUCCACGUCGACAGCGCUGGCACAGCUGCUGCACAUAUCGGGGAAGAUCCUGACGAACGGAGCACUAUCGUGAUCGUGCAGAAAAACGUUCCUAUAUCCCACUCUGCACGACAAGUCCGCGCGUCAGAUUUCAUGUCCUUUGAUUAUAUACUCGCAGCUGAUGGGUCUAAUCUGCGCGCGCUGGAACGACAUGCGGGUCGGAGGGAGGGAUCGAAAGCGGUGGUGAGGCUUUGGGGCUCUUACCUCCCUGAUAACAAGCCGAUUCAGGACCCGUAUUAUGGGGGACUUGAUGGGUUCAAGGAGGUUUACGAGCAGUGCGUGAAGCUUUCAAAUGCGUUUUUGGACGAGGUCGCUGGGAAGAACAGUUGA